UUGUGCUCUUCUUCAUGCACCAGAGCACAGUUGAAAAGAACCUAUAAUAACGUAAUUUGAGCCACAACUUCUGAUACGUGAAUUUUUGCUCAUCGAUUGCAAUGUCUAGUACGAUAAGUGGCAAGAACUUGUUACGUCCGAAUGGGCUGCGGUGUAAAAAUCUACACGAGUAUUUAAAAUCACGUCCGCCUGAUACAUUGAAUAAACUCUAUCACAAACCGCCUAUAUGCUUGGCUGUGUACCGUGAAUUACCGAUAAUCGCCAAGCAUUACGUUAUGAGACUGCUUUUUGUCGAACAGCCGGUGCCACAAGCAGUUAUAGCUUCAUGGUGCUCGAAACUCUAUUUCGAAGAACAUCAGAAAGUGGUGCAAAUUUUAAAUGAGUUGUAUGUGUGGAAGGAAGCGUCUAUACCAGGCGGUCUACCAGGCUGGAUUUUGAACAAUACCUUCAAGAAAAACUUGAAAAUUGUAUUACUGGGAGGUGGUAGACCAUGGACUAUGUCGAAUCAGUUGGAAACUGAUAGUAAGCCAAGAGACGUUGCUUUCCUGGAUUCAUAUGCGUUAGAGAGAUGGGAGUGUGUCUUGCAUUAUAUGGUUGGUUCCCAACAGCAAGAAGGUAUAUCUGCUGAUGCUGUUCGGAUCUUGUUGCAUGCCGGUUUGAUGAAGAGAGAUGAAACCGACGGGAGCCCAGUUAUAACGCAAGCUGGUUUCCAAUUCUUACUUUUAGAUACAGCUUCGCAGGUAUGGUACUUUAUUUUGCAAUAUCUUGACACAAUCGAGGCACGUGGCCUUGAUUUAGUAGAAUGCCUUACUUUUUUGUUUCAAUUAAAUUUCUCCACCCUUGGUAAAGAUUAUAGUACUGAAGGUAUGUCCGAAGGUCUCUUGACAUUUUUACAACACUUAAGAGAAUUUGGACUUGUGUACCAACGAAAGCGCAAAGCGGGAAGGUUUUACCCUACGCGAUUAGCAUUAAAUAUAGCCACUGGUGAAACUAAACCGUUAACCAGGGAUACAGACAAGGAAGGAUAUAUAGUUGUAGAAACAAAUUAUCGUGUAUAUGCUUAUACAAAUUCGAAUUUACAAGUUGCUUUACUUGGACUUUUCUGCGAAAUGUUGUAUAGAUUUCCUAAUUUGGUUGUGUCCAUAUUAACCAGAGAUUCUGUAAGACAAGCAUUAAAAAGUGGGAUAACCGCUACUCAAAUAGUAGGUUACCUACAGCAACAUGCACAUGGUAAAAUGAUAGAAGCAGGACCACCUGUGUUACCUCCUACUAUUGUAGAUCAAAUUAUGCUAUGGGAAAACGAAAGAAACCGAUUUUUGUUCAGCGAAGGAGUUCUAUACAGCCAAUUUCUUUCGCAAACUGACUUCGAAGUCCUUAGAGAUCACGCACUUACAACUGGAGUAUUAAUUUGGCAAAACGAAAGGAAAAGGACCAUAGUGGUUACCAAAGUAGGCCACGAUGACAUAAAAAAGUUUUGGAAGCGAUAUUCGAAGGGUUCAACCUAAUGUUCGAGCGGAAGAGUCGUUGCGGCGAGGAAGAAACAUUUUACGAACGCUACGUUUCUUAAAUAGCGAUACUGCAAAUCGUUUCGAAAAAUAAAGUGCCUAGAAAAACUGGAGAAGGAAUCCUCGAAAUGGACUGGCAAGAGAAAUUUUUUUCUAACUGCAGUGCCAAAAAGACUUGUUUCUUUUUUUUUAUUAUUUCUAUCAUGUGAAUUACAAUAUAAUUCUCAUAAAUCGAUACAAUUUUAUUUCCCCCGAAGUACGCCGUUAUUGCGUCGAGAGCGUAAAACAAUGUCGAUCGAUGGCGUUGCUACUAUUCGCGACUUACUUUCAGGACAUUUCAAUAUGAAUAAAAAAAAAUGGUAUUUUCAUCCAGAUACAAAUGCAGAACGCGAAAUAUAUAUUCGUUGUUAA